GCGCCGGUGGCGGGGCGGGCAGCCAGGCAGCCGCAGGUGGGGCCUGGAGCGGUGGCUGAGGGACCGAGCCAGGGAGCCCCGCAGCCCCGCGCGGAGCGCCCAAGAUGCCCGGCGGGGACUCGGAGCAGGUGCGCUACUGCGCGCGCAUCUCCUACCUUUGGCUCAAGUUCUCGCUCAUCAUCUACUCCACGGUGUUCUGGCUGAUUGGGGCCCUGGUCUUGUCCGUGGGGAUCUAUGCAGAGGUUGAGCGGCAGAAAUACAAAACCCUCGAAAGUGCCUUUCUGGCCCCGGCCAUCAUCCUCAUCCUCCUGGGGGUCGUCAUGUUCAUCGUCUCCUUCAUUGGCGUGCUGGCUUCCCUGCGUGACAACCUGUGCCUUCUCCAAGUGUUUAUGUACAUCCUUGGAAUCUGCCUCAUAAUGGAGCUCACUGGUGGUGUGGUGGCCUUGAUCUUCAGGAACCAGACCAUUGACUUUCUGAAUGACAACAUUCGAAGAGGAAUUGAGAACUACUAUGACGAUCUGGACUUCAAAAACAUCAUGGACUUUGUCCAGAAGCAGUUUAAGUGCUGUGGUGGGGAAGACUACCAAGACUGGAGCAAAAACCAGUACCAUGACUGCAACGCCCCUGGACCCCUGGCCUGCGGGGUGCCCUACACCUGCUGCAUCAGAAACACGACAGAAGUCGUCAACACCAUGUGUGGCUACAAAACUAUUGACAAGGAGCGCCUCAGUGUGCAGGACGUCAUCUAUGUGCGGGGCUGCACCAACGCCGUGCUCAUCUGGUUCACGGACAACUACACCAUCAUGGCGGGCAUCCUGCUGGGCAUCCUGCUCCCCCAGUUCCUGGGGGUGCUGCUGACGCUGCUGUACAUCACCCGGGUGGAGGACAUCAUCAUGGAGCACUCUGUCACCGACGGUCUCCUGGGACCUGGCGCCAAGCCCAACGUGGAGGCAGCGGCCACUGGGUGUUGCUUGUGCUACCCCAGUUAGGGCCCUGGCCUGGGACGGCGGCUCCAGCAGGACCGUGCCGGACAGCACCUCUCAGUUCACAUCAGGCACACGCUGGGCACCGACCCCCAGGCUGCUUGUGCCUGCAUGCGGCAUCCCAGGGCCACUGCCUCCCCUAAGAGGCCUCGCUGAGGCCGCUGGGAUCCUGCACCCACACUGCUGGGCCUGGGGAGCAAGGGCGUCCCUUCUCCAGGCCUGGUCCACAGGGGAAGGGGAGCUCGUGCCGUUUCAUUUCGGCAGUGCCUUGGCCGGCGGUGUUUAUGCCCUUUUGAGGGCAGUUUUGUAGUGAUUUGUAAGCAGCAAGAGAGGAGUGUGUCCCACGGGGCAGGAGGGGUGGGUGCAGCCCUGGGCCCCCCAGUGCCCCCGCCACGCCCCAGAGCCCGGGUGGGACCAUUUCUCAGCCUCCAGAGUGCCUUGAGCCCCUCCCCAAGGGCUGUGGCUUCGCUGACCCUAUUUUAUUUACAUGAUUUUUGCGACACUCAUGUUUUGUACACAGUUAACAGGACUUUCUGACUAAUCAAAGCUGGAAGUUUCUCACACACCCCAUUGAUGGCCCUCCAAGUUGGUUCAUUAAUUAUACAAUAAAGACAUGA